AUGGCUUUUCCAAGCAUCAAACCAUCAAGUUUUUAUGGCAGAAGCUUUCAAAACUUAGGAAGCGCCUUAGACUUCGUUGAAACGUCAUCAAGUCAUAACACUUUUGAUCUUGUGUUGCUUCCACCAGAUCCAGAUUGUAAUACGGAUGUUGAGGAGGGAGAUGCUGAAGACCUUGUUGUUUCCACCAUGCCACAAGAUGUUCCAGGUGAAGUAGAGGUAUUUUGUAGCAGUGACAGUGACAGUGAAGAUGAUUUACCGCUUCAAGAGCUGCGACAUUGCUUAGGUAAAAAGCGUUUAAAGAAUAACUCGGUACCCACAUUGCUUUUGCCAUCAGAACAAUUGAAGGAAGUUGAGGGGGUGGAUGAUGAUUUCGUCAUGAAUGACUUAGUUCUUUUAAGAACUCCACCUCCGCAGGUUCCAUCGGUGGAUGAUGAUUUCAAUGGGAAUGAAUUAGUUCUUUUGAGAACUGUACCUCCACAAAUUGAAAGGGUGGAUGAUGAUUUCGUUAUGAAUGACUUAGUUCUUUUAAGAACUCCACCACUUCAAAUUGAGGAGAUUAUGACAACUAGUUUGUGCUGUUUCACAAGAUUUGGAAAUUGCAUUGAAGACGAGGAAAACAUGCUAACUGUCGGAUCGUUGGCCGAAUCUACAAACAAUGAAGUGCAUGAAGAAAAUCUUGAAAAGGAAAUUCACACACAAGAAGAUUCUUCUGAACUUUCACAAAAGAUAGUUGAUAAAAAUCAAGGAGAAAUUAGUUCUGAUUCUCAUAUUACGACUGAAAUAACGGCUAUGAGAUAUUUUGUUGGGUACGUUGCGACAAAUACCAAGAGAUCAAUUCUUUCACUGUCAUCUCCACUCUUUGAUCCAAUGGGUUUGCUAAGUCCCAUCAUAAUCCGAGCAAAAAUAGUUCUCCAGCAGCUUUGGAUAGAAAAGCUGGAUUGGGAUGAAUCCAUUCCAGAAGCAAUUGAAGCAGAGUGGCGUCAAUUCAUCACUGAUCUUCACUCACUCCAAAAUUUGGAUAUUCCUCGAUAUGUUUUUCUUGAAAACAAAAUAAGUUGUGAAGUCCAUGGUUUUGCAGACGCGUCAAUGAAGGCUUAUAGAUGCUGUAUAUAUUUGCGAAGUUUAUUUUCCUUUGGGUCAGUUAAUGUGAAGCUGUUAGUCGCAAAGUCUCGAGUUGCACCCGCAAAAAAGAGACAACUUCCUAGACUCGAACUUUGCGCAGCACACCUUCUAGCCAAACUCUGGGUCAAAAUUCAAAAAAUUGUAGAUUCAAACUACUCGAAGGCGUAUUUCUGGACUGAUUCGACAAUUGUGUUGCAUUGGAUUUCUACUCAUUCGUCAAAACUGAAUACGUUUGUUGGAAAUCGAGUUGCAGAAAUCCAGGAUACGACAAAAGAGGUCGUUUGGAGACACGUCCCAACACACGAAAAUCCGGCAGAUGUGGUUUCGCGAGGAUGCACGGUAGAUGAGAUUAAAAAUUCCCUUUGGUUUGAAGGUCCAUCAUUUCUGGUGAACGAAGAAGAAGAAUGGCCAUCCACAGCAGAAAUCCAUCUUUCUCCAGAAGAAACUUCAUUAGAAAAAAGACAAACGGUUCUAAGUUGUCAACAGCUCGAACCAAACUACUAUCUCGAUCUUAUAGAAAGAAUGAGCUCGUAUACAAAAUUGAUACGGAUCUUCGCAUAUGUCAAAAGGUAUCUCAACCUACGAGUAUGGAUGAUACCAUUUCCAAAUGAGUAUCUAACAGCUUACGAGCUAGAAAAUUCGCUAAAAAUCAUCGUUUAUAUAAUUCAAAAGAAGUACUUUUCGGAAGAAAUCGAAGCAAUUAUUAAAAACAAAUCACUUAAAGGUUCUAUAAAGGCUCUAAGUCUGUUUAUCGAGGUUGAUGAUGUCAGUGUGAUUCGUUUGUUAAGAGUCGGAGGCCGAUUGAAGCAUGCAAACAUCCCAGAGGAAAGCAAGCAUCCACUUUUACUGCCAAAAGAUUGCAGUUUCACCAAAACUCUCGUCAGACAUCUUCACCUUUCAAAUUACCAUGCUGGUCCAAAGGCUCUUGUCGCGCUGACGAGACAAACAUUUUGGAUUGUCAAUGUUCGUGAGGUAGCAAGAUGGGUAGUUCGAAAAUGCCCACACUGUGCCAGAUACAGGCCAAAGUUGUUCGAGCAGGUAAUGGGAGAUUUGCCUGCUGCUAGAUUGACCCAAUCUCGCCCAUUUUUAUGUUGCGGAGUGGACUUUUGUGGUCCAAUAUACACUUAUUACAAAAUUCGUGGCAAGGUGCCAUACAAAACAUAUGUGGCUGUCUUUGUUUGUUUUUCGUCGAAAGCAGUCCAUUUAGAAGCUGUGUCUGAUCUUUCAGCUGAUGCCUUUAUAGCAGCCUUAAAAAGGAGGAUAGGUCGUAGAGGUAUCCAAAAAACCAUCCAUUGUGAUAAUGCGACAAAUUUUGUUGGCCCACAGUCAAAACUUAAAGAACUGCGUGAUAUGUUGUUCAAACGUUCUAACCAAGAAACUAUAGUUAAUUUUUGUACUAAUGCUUCCAUAAAUUUUCAUUUGAUACCCCCCAGGGCACCUAAUUUCGGUGGAAUUUGGGAAGCGGCCGUAAAAGUAGCAAAAGGCCAUCUUUAUCGCAGUCUUGGCGGUGCAAAACUGAACUUUGAAGAGCUGACAACGGCACUGGUAGAGAUCGAGGCCAUAAUGAACUCCAGGCCAAUUACUCCAAUGUCUCCUGAUCCCAACGACCUAGAAGCCUUAACGCCAGCCCAUUUUCUCAUCGGGUCAUCCCUAAGAGCGAUUCCGGAAAUAGGCCUAGAAGUUUCCGACAUAAGUUAUCUGGAACGAUGGCGUCGAAUCAAUGCCGUCAAAACCCACUUCUGGAAGCGGUGGUCAUCAGAAUACGUUCUAGAACUCCAGAAUCGUGCCAAAUGGACUACUUCAAGGCCAAACAUCAAAGAUGGUAGUCUCGUCAUCAUCCAUGAAGACAAUUUGCCACCCCAAAAGUGGCUCUUGGGAAAAGUCGUCAACAUUAUCGAGGGUCCUGAUGGUCGUAUACGAGUCGCCGAUAUCAAAACGUCACGAGGAGAAUUUCGAAGGCCAAUUCGAAAACUAGCAGCGAUACCGUGUUGA